GGUUACGGCGACGGGUGUCACUCCGCGGUAUAAUCAUGAAUGGCGCCGGUCUGCGACGGUGAAGGCAAGCCUGGUCCUCCGCAGCGGGGUGGAAGGACAGCUAUGCGCGGUGUUUGUGGCGCCCGGGCCCCGGCUGCGCGCACUCCAGCACGAUGGCGCCGAGGCUGAGUCUUUGCCGGGGAUUGCUGGUCUCCUUACGGCCGCUGUGCGCGCUGUCCCUGCUGGUCCUACUUGUACACUGUCACAUAUGCAAGCACGCCGUCCCGCGUCCGUCGGAGGUUGUUCACCAAGUGUACUUGAAGCCUGGAAGGAUAACCAAGAGAAGUAUUGAUCAGCAGUUAGUAAUUAAGAUCGUCUAUGAUGACAGUGUGGAAGAGCUGGGUCUAGAGAAGAGGAGGCUCGUUAAGGAUAAACUGUUUCCCCAAGCCAUUGACUAUCUACAGAAGGUGUUUCAAGUGCGCAGGAGAGCUGGACCAGUGCUUCUCAGCAGACAAUGCUCAACCAAUCAGUACCUGCGGAAGAAGGAUGACCCUCACCGCUACUGCCAGGGGUCAUGUGCCGAGAGAACGAGGUGUGGACCCGUCAUCGUUCCUGAGCAUCAUUUACAGCAAUGCAAGGUGUGCAGCGAGAGCGGCAAGCAGUGCGGCUCAGUGGGGCCCCCCGAUGGCGAGGGUGUGGAAGGGGCUGACUUCGUGCUCUACGUCAGCGGGCUCACCACAGAGCGCUGCGGGCAAGAGAACAUCGUCGCCUACGCCGCCUACUGCCAACUGGAAUCCGAGCUUGACAGGCCAGUUGCUGGGUAUGCCAACCUGUGCCCGGCCAUGAUUCCUGUGCAUCCUCAGGAGUUCGCUGCCAUGCUCUCCACCGUGAAGCAUGAGAUCAUCCACGCCCUGGGAUUCUCCGCGGGCCUCUUCGCGUUUUACCACGACGAUAACGGGAAACCUCUGACCCAGCGAUACGCGAGCGGCUUGCCGCCCUUCAGCGAGAGCUUGGGCCUGUACCAGUGGAGCGACAAGGUCGUGCAGAAAGCCAGGCGGUUGUGGGACGUCCGUGGGAACAACACUGUGUCACGCGAGGUCCAUCUUCUGGUCACCCCGAGAGUGGUGAGGGAGGCCAGGAGUCAUUUUCACUGUCCCUUCCUGGAGGGCAUGGAGCUGGAGAAUCAAGGGGGCCUGGGGACCGAGCUCAACCACUGGGAGAAGAGACUGCUGGAGAACGAGGCAAUGACAGGAUCCCACGCACAGAAUCGCGUGUUUUCCAGAAUUACUCUGGCGAUAAUGGAGGACACUGGGUGGUACCGAGCCAAUUACAGCCUGGCAGAGAGGCUGGACUGGGGGCGGGGCAUGGGCUGUGACUUUGUAACAAAGAGCUGCAAGUUCUGGAUUGACCAGCAGAGGCAGAAGAGGCAGGCCCCCACUCCGUACUGUGACAGGGUGAGGAGCACGCCCCUGCAGCUCACCUGCCGUCAGGACCAGCGGGCCGUCGCCGUUUGCAACCUGCAGAAGUACGAGCACCAGCUCCCCCCGGAGUACCAGUACUUCGACCUCAUCCCCGGCGUGCCCUCAGAGGACCUGCCCCGCUAUGGAGGCGCGGUGGAGAUCGCCGAUUACUGCCCCUUCCGGCAGGAGUUCAGCUGGCACCUCAGUGGGCAGUACCAGCGCAGCUCCGACUGCCGGGUCCUGGAGAACCAGCCCGUGUCUUGGGCGAACUACGCCGCUGAGGAGUAUGGCCCCGAUUCCGUGUGCCUGUCCCAGAGGUCGGCAUUCGUCAUGGAGCAGUGCAGCCGGCGCCUAACCUACCCCGACUGGGGCAGCGGCUGCUACAAGACCUCCUGCUCUCUCCUGGGACUCGCCGUGUGGGUCCAGGGUACUCCGUUCCACUGUGUCCGAACAGGUCAGCUGCUGAAUGUCAGUGUACGCGGUAGCGAAUGGGUCCACACCGGGGUGCUGGUCUGCCCCCCCUGCUCCGACUUCUGCACCUCCUGCCCGCUCCCACACGAGCUCCCGCCUCUCAACACCUCCCGCAGCGUCCCCAUCGAUCCCUGUUCCAGUUCUCCCAGCUUGGUCAUCACCCUGUGGCUGCUUCUGCUCAAGCUCAUCCCCCUGUUUUCUGGAUUCCUCCUGUGCGUGUGGAUCUGAGUCCGUGAUUUGGGGGGGGGGGGGUGUUUAAAAGCCAGCCCACCGUGAGAGGAAACGCAAAGCCAUGACACAACCUUUUGUACACAGAGGAUAAGUGCCAGUACAUGUGCAGACAAAACAAGAAGCCAUACCUCAGGAGGGCAGCAGGGGGCGCUAAAGAGUUUGGUGCUGUACGUCACCCAUUUUUAUUUUUUUUUAUCGUUAGAUGAGCAUUUUGCAUGCUUGUGGGGUCCUUUAUAAGGAGGAGGCCUGCUGAAGAACAAAUGUGAUAUUUAUACAUAUGAGCUGUAGUCAUGUGAUGUGGUUCUGUUAGUGAGAAAUGAAAAUGCUUGAUGUAUAAGGAAAUAUUUAAUUUAUUGAACCAGGAUUAUAUGCUUUAGAAAUAUAUUUUAUAGCAGAAGGCAUUGCUUUUUAAGCUUGGGAAAAUUAAGCCUGUAGUUUCCAUAUAAAAUGUAUAAUUUAACUUGUUUCUCUUAUUUAACAAAUCAGGAAAAAAAAUCUUAAGUAGCAUUAAGCCUUUUGUUUUGGCAAAACCUCGUAUGCCAUGUCUGUUUUUUACAGGAGAAGUAAAUAUUAAUUUACUAGCAGUGUAAUAUAACUUUGAAACCCUUAACACUGGCUUUAAAAAUGUUCAGGUAGCUCUGCAGGGGAUACUGCUUGCUUUGAGGACAAGAUGGCUGCCCUGUCAGCUUUAAUUCAUGUCUCAGUAGAGGCUUUGCGUGUUUGCAUUUGUUGUGAGCUGAUGCUGGCUAAGGCAGAGCGCCCCGGUCUCGGUCCUGCUGACAGAAGUUGUUCUCCACAGUUGAAGUCUUAGUCGUGCUUGAUUGAAGGAUGGUGUAAAUUGAAGGAUGGAUAACAUUUGUAAGGUGUAUUUGUUUUGCAUCACUUUGCAGCUAAAGGUAUUCCACAAAUAAUACCUGUUUAGUUAAAUGACAGAAAAUCUCUAAAGGAUUUUAAAAGUGGGGAUAAUGGAGAUAUUUGUUUCUCGUUUGCUCUGUAGCUUCUGGAUAAAACUGUUCCUUGCCCAACACUUACAUUUUGAAUGUGUAUCUAGUAAUUUGGAAAAGUGUUACAAGUGUUUCAUUAUCAAAACUGGGAACAUAUUCUGAGUAACAGUCAUAGUUGUGACUGAGGAAGGAAACAUCUGCUUGUUUUCCAUUUUCACAGUUUCCAGCACAGUCGCGCUGAACGUGUCUAUUCUGCUCAUUUUGAAAUGCAGAGUGUUCUCGUUUAGUAAACCAGAGCACGUUUUUGAGACUCAUGCCUACUCCUGGAAUUACUGGUCUGUAGUACCAGCAAGGCUUUAGAUAAUAAGACAUUAUGCACAGUGUGUGCACAGAGACAGAUGUUCCAGUAGCAACAUCAAAUGGUAUUCUGUGUAUUUGACAAUGCAGAAGAAAUGUGAUUAAUAUCAGCAUUGUACUGUAUUUACUGUCAUUUUAGAAUUUCUAAUGUAUUUCUCAAAGUCUGUGUUGAAAAAUAUAAAUCCUUUUCCAUGAGGGGUGGGGGUCAUUAACACUGUUACUACACACUGAUUCCAAGCUUUGAUUUACAGUCAUGAUGCUGCAGUUUAUUUUCUCUCAAUUGCAGGCUAAGGCAGACCAGGUGAAUUUAUUUAAUUCCUCCAGGGAGGGGUGUUGAUCAGUGAUGUAGGUCUACUGGCUGAUUUUCUGUGAUCCACCGUAAUCAGUGAUCUAACUGUUUGAGUGUAGGUGACCCCCAUCUAAUGGAAAUACCUGUCCACAAGUAAACUAAUGUCAAUAGGUCACCAGUAACUUAAAAUCAGUAGCCUAUGUUGUGAGGGAUUACAAUGUGCCUUACUCUUCUGUUUCCUGACACACAUCUGAUAUAUUUUGAAGUAUUUACAUGAAUAAUGACUUUUGCCCAUAGAAGAAUUUUAACUCAGGCCAGAGGAUAGCAGGAGUGCCAAGGAACUGUCCAAAUUUACAAAAUGUGUAAUUUAUCAGGGUAUGACAAGGAAAAAAAUGAAAGUGCUUCAUUUUCUCAAGUGUUGCGUUCCCAUUGUGUUAAACUUGCUAAUCGAAGGAUCUGUUUUUGCAGCAGAAGCAGUAGACGAUUAUUGGCACGUAGAUUCUCCCCAGCUGUACCAAAAGCUGUCAGAAAUGCCUUACAAUGUCAGACCGACCCUUUGAUGUGCAUUUUCUAAACAUGAACCCAAUUUACAAAGGUUUUAUUGUCGGUCAUUUCAGAAUUUAAAUUAGUUGUCCUUACAUUAUUAUUAUAUCUGCUGUUAUGCCCUCUGUCCUGUAGUCAGUUACAGACUGACUGCCGUGGUUUUACCCUGAAAGAGGUGGGUUUAAUGAAUAACCUGUAGUUCUCAUAUGUCACUUCUGAUGUAGCCAGACGUUAAAUCUUUCAACCUCUUUCAGACCUCCUGGUAGCAAGCUUGCCCUCAAUAUAAAGACCAAUGGGCAACACAAUUAAAUCAUCAUAGUUCAUUUAUUUUUAUUGUGUUAGAUACCAGUGAAUGUCUUCUCAACUGAUUUACUUGCAUUGGAAUUUUCCCAGAAAUCCAUAACAAAAGAAUUCUGUGAAACUAAUCAGUAGUAAAAUGGAUAUCAAGUGUGAUCAUGUCUGUGCAGUUUAGUUCUAGGUGUGUUGGGUGGUGUUCUUGACUGACUGUAUAUCUCUGGAAAGAAAAAUUGAGACCACUCUAUAUUUUUAUACAAAUCUGCAAUUUUAAAUCCUGGCUCUGCUGGCAGAAGGCUACACCGCGAGACAGGCGGCUUCCAGGCUCAGAGUUUCUAAGACAGCAGGACACAAGGCCAAAGUGAAGCGGGAGACACUGGCAAUGACCAAACACCAGCCUGGUAGAGAGACUGUCAACUUAUCCUGCAGUGCCUCAAAUCGGAGGAUAACCUCAGGUGACCUUCAAAAAGAGUGGGAAACAUUAAGUGGUAUGAGGUGCACUGCUAGGACAGUUAGGGCUCCUAGAAGCAAGGAAGAAGCUUUUCAUCAAUGAGAGGCAGGGAAGAGCCAGGCUGGAGUUUGCAAAUAAAUGUGUAUUUUACACUGACGCAUACCCCUUCAAUUGAGAAAUGAGUGAAACUGACCAUUUCCUGUGGUCGCAAUAUUUUCCAGAGCUGUACACAAAUGACCUGUGACACUGUUUUCUUUUCAAAGCAACAGCUGUUAUGUUCUGUUGCUAAAAUUACUCUCCCGUCGGCGAUGGUUUGCAGCAGGGACUGUUAAGUGGGAUUCGAGAUCAUAAAUGUCAAAGGCUGAAUGGGACUUAGGAAGGAGAGAAGAUCCUCAACCAGAGUGCCUCUAUGUACCAUUCCUACAGCGGUAAAGGACACCACGCAAGCAUGUUUUUAAAUGUGACUGUCAGCAACGAAUGACCCUCACGCUGUACUUUUACUCCAAGAAACAGCAGCCCUGUCUCCUCUAACUUAAAAGGCAUCAGUAAAUGACACAAUAAUCUACUGUAGCACUGAACAAACCAGCACUUUUUAUAUGUGCUAAUGUAACAUGCUUAAGACUGUGCUGUUGAAUCGCAAAAAUUGUUCUUGCUUUAGUUUCAUACUAAGCUUUCAUAAUGUAGCAGAAUUCCCUUCAACAAAAUACAUGAGAAAGAUAGAAGCUGAUCGCAAUUAGUAUUUUAUUUGUGGCUGCUGCAUAUUUUUAAAGCUUUUAGCCGGCCAUAUGGAUAAGUAAUGCAUUAUAUGUACCUUCUCAUCAUUUAAACUGGGCCUUCUAUGCUUUUCCAAGACAUCUGAAGGGCUUCUGCGGAGGAAGAAUCUGUCUCAUAGCAAUUUUCCUGUACAGAAAUUACAUCUGCUAUUUUGUUUUAAUAAUUCAAAAGACCAAAGCACGAAAAAGACUAAAAAAAGUUCUUUUUCAUUUUUUGUGCUUAUUGUUCCUGGAUAUUCAGUUCAACACAUCUUUCAUGAAGAACACAAUACGAAUGUGAAUGUUAUGCUUUCUCCGACAUGGUUUAAGGCCAUGUGUGUGAUCAGAUGUUUGAUUACUUUAUAGACAUUUUGGUCUAUUUAGAAAGGCAGUUGUAACAUGGCUUAUAAUUCCGAUGUAUGUUUAAAUGUAUAUUUAAAUUGCUGUUAUCACAGAUUCAGAAUUUUUGUUAGUAUUGAUCUUUUUGCGAUUCAAGGGAUCCAUCUUAUUUCGCUAAUGUGAAAUGUCCUUAAAUGUAUUUAUGCAGUACAUUUUAUGCCGUUUAAAACCCCGGAGCAGCCCGUCCCAGUUACGAAAAGCCUUUGUAUACUGAAAUCAGCGCAGAGGCAUUAACUUUACUGUACAGUAUUUUUCUUAACCGUGAUCUUAUUUUCAGCUAAGGCCAGGUUACGUUGUAAAAUACGAGGAAGCCAUUCUUUUCGAAAGCAACCAAUCAAAUUACAUUGGCGUUUUACAGCCUGAGAAUUUAGUUUCAUGUCUCAAGUAAUGAAUGUAUUAAACCGAGUCCGGAGUUGUUUGAUUUACUUAGGUACUUUAUUCGCUUUUAUUAAAAGCAAACUAUUGUAACCUG